CCUCUCUCUCUCUCUCUCUAAUCAAUCAGUCAAUUAGGGAAAAAUAUCUGAACAUGUAAAAGCAUUUUUUUAAAAAAGCAAUAAUAAUUGGAAAAAAAAAAGAACAAAUUAGGAGAGAGGGAGAAGAACAUGGCCUCCAACUCCGAAGGACAAAAUCGAGAGACGCGGCGAGAAAUAUGCUGAUUUGACGAUAAUUGUUUGGCUGAGAGGAAAUUCGGAUACCCAAUUUCGUAAAUUACUAAUCUUUUUUUCUAAUCUAGUAGUGGUUGAUGGGUGGUGGUGGGAAUCUCGUCGACGGUGUUCGUCGAUGGCUUUUUCAGCGACAUCCUUCUCCUUCUCCUUCUCCUUCUUCUUCUUCUUCUUCUUCUUCUUCUUCCUCUUCCAAUAACCACGAUCCCACCACUAUCAAUUCCUCUACUUUUCCUACUCCUGAUCAAUCGGAUAACGCUGGAGAUUCGAAUGAGCUUAUUGUUAUUGAGGAUCUCGAUUUUUCUGGGCUAAAGCUUAUCAACGUUCCAAAACGAAAUCACUUACCCAUGGAUCCUCACAAGAAGGGUGCGCAGGAAACCGACUUCUUCACAGAGUACGGAGAAGCGAACAGGUACCAGAUUCAAGAGGUCGUCGGGAAAGGAAGCUAUGGUGUUGUGGCUUCUGCGGUAGACUCUCACACGGGAGAGAGAGUUGCGAUCAAGAAGAUAAACGAUGUGUUUGAGCAUGUCUCUGAUGCAACCAGGAUUUUGAGAGAGAUCAAGUUGCUACGGUUGCUUCGUCAUCCAGAUGUCGUGGAGAUCAAACACAUCAUGCUGCCUCCUUCUCGCAGAGAGUUCCGGGACAUCUACGUCGUGUUUGAGUUGAUGGAAUCUGAUCUCCAUCAAGUGAUCAAGGCCAACGAUGAUUUGACUCCUGAGCAUUACCAGUUUUUCUUGUACCAGCUUCUCCGUGGUCUCAAAUACGUUCACGCAGCUAAUGUGUUUCAUCGGGAUCUGAAACCAAAGAACAUUCUAGCUAAUGCUGACUGCAAAUUGAAGAUCUGUGAUUUUGGGCUCGCUCGUGUUUCUUUUAACGACGCCCCGACCGCUAUAUUUUGGACCGAUUAUGUAGCUACUCGGUGGUAUCGUGCCCCUGAACUCUGUGGAUCGUUUUUCUCCAAAUACACCCCUGCGAUUGAUAUCUGGAGUGUGGGUUGCAUUUUUGCGGAAAUGCUUUUGGGUAAGCCUUUGUUUCCCGGGAAAAACGUGGUGCACCAAUUGGAUCUUAUGACUGAUUUUCUUGGCACCCCACCACCUGAGUCGAUAGCACGGAUUAGAAAUGAAAAGGCGAGGAGAUAUCUUAGCAGCAUGAGGAAAAAACAGCAAGUCCCUUUCUCUCAUAAGUUCCCUAAAGCUGAUCCUUUGGCUCUCCGCCUUCUUGAACGACUUCUUGCCUUUGAUCCAAAAGAUCGUGCAUCAGCUGAAGAUGCACUGGCUGAUCCGUACUUUAGCGGUCUGUCAAAUUCGGAGCGUGAACCAUCAACGCAGCCAAUUUCAAAGCUUGAAUUUGAUUUUGAGAGAAAGAAGCUAACAAAAGAUGAUGUCAGAGAAUUAAUUUACCGAGAGAUAUUGGAAUAUCAUCCUCAGAUGUUGGAGGAAUACCUUCGCGGUGGUGAUCAGCUUAGCUUCAUGUACCCUAGUGGGGUUGAUCGAUUUAAAAGGCAAUUUGCUCACCUUGAAGAAAAUCAAGGUAAACCAGGACCAGCAGCAGGAGGAAGAAGUACUGCACUUCACAGACAUCAUGCUUCCUUGCCAAGAGAGAGAGUUCCUGCUCCGAAUGGUGAAACUGCAGAAGAAAGCAGUGAUGUUGAAGGAAGAGCAGCAGCUGCUGUGGCUUCAACCUUGGAAUCUGAGGAAGCAGACAAUGGAGGAGGUUACAGUGCUCGUAACCUCAUGAAGAGUGCGAGCAUCAGCGCUUCUAAAUGCAUCGGUGUCCAAUCUAAAACCGACAUAGAGGACACUAUAGCCGAGGAAGAAGAUGAUGAAACAGUUGCAGAGCUUACUGAUAAAGUUGCUUCUCUUCAUAAUUCUUAAAAAAGAAGUUUUAGUUUUUCUCUCUUUUGGCGAAAGUUUUCUGGUGAAAAAUUGGUUUCUCCAUAUUCUUCUCCCUUCUUCCACGUCUAAAUUCGUGGUGUGUUUGAUUUGUUGUAUUUAAUAGUUUGGGGGUGAGAAUGAUAACUUUUAAUAAAAACAUCGACCUCCAUGUAAUAUUUUUUUGUUUCUCCUUUUUUUAUAAACUGAUAUUUUUUUGAAAUUCUUUUUACCGAUUCAAUUUGCUUCAGUUUGCGAUGUGGUUGUUAUGAUCCGG